AGGGAAAGAGCGACAGGCUGAACGACCGCGGUGGAGGAGGCAGUAGUAGAGGUGGAGGAGGAGCGGCGGAAACCAGCGACCAUAGGCGGCGUGAAUAUGGCGGAGACCGUACGCUCUCUCAUCGACUACCGGGACCCACACAACCUGGACAGCGAGAACGGAGAAGGCGUCAAACCCGCGCCGCCGCUACGGGGGCGCGGCUGUGGGAGGAAAAGAAAAGGGACACCAGUGAAAGUCUUUGUUACACACACUGAGGAGGAGAGCGUGCCUGAACACAGCUUCAGCCCAGGUGAUAGGAAGGAAGCAGGAGAGAAUAAACGGCCCAGUCUGGACGGGCCUUUCUACAACACCCAGCCAGCUCCUCACAUCUGUGAUCCAUCAGAGAUGGCUCAUGGCAAGAUGUCCACUGGAUCCAGGACCAGCUCCUGCUCAGCCUCUACACCAGCUCCAUCUCCGGCUGCUUCCUCAGCCCCAACCCCUACACCAGUUCCCGCUCCCGCCCCGGCCACUGCGACCUCAGCUCAAGCGCGCUCUCUGACCCCAGCAUCCACAGCUCCAGCUGCCCCGGCGGCCUCUGCUCCGGCCCCGACGGCCAGCUCCUUCCCUCCCUCCCCUAACUGCCGUAUCCGGGAGGUAAACUGCGGCAGCCAGGUGCGCCUGGUUGUUAUCGCCAUCCGAGACAUCACCAAGGGAGAGGAGAUCACUGUGGACUACAGCCUGACGGAGUGGGGAGAGAACCUGGGUUUCCGUGGUACUGUGUCUCCAGCGCAGCACGAGUGUAACUCUGACACCGAGAAUAACAACAGUAUCAAAAAGGAGGAUGAGCCCCUCUCUCUGACGGCCCCCCAGCAGCAGCGGCAUCAACAACAGCGUCAUCAGCAGCAGGAAUACGUCACCCCCUCCUGGUCCCUCUCUCCCUCCUCGUCCCCCAUCUCCCACUCUGACGCCAGCGACUCAGACGUCGGAGACGAGGACAACUCCAGCCCACGUGGCCGUGCACUACGUCGGCGAAAGAAACGCCGCGGCACUCCCUCAAAGAAGAAGACACCCCACCGGACCCCACCCGGGCGCCCGCCGACUCUUUCCCCCUCCAGUGCUCCUCAUCACACCCGUCCAGUCCCUUCAUCCCACCCUUUAGCGCAGUCCUCCCCUCCCUGCUCGUCCUCCUCCUCUUCCUCCUCGUCCAGGCCUGUGUUUAAGCCUCCGGCUCCCCUGGCCUCCAACGCCGCAACCAACAUCUCCACAAAUGUCCCCAAGGGAGCAGUGUCCAUAGACGCCAUGCGCCAAACCUGCGAGUACUGUGGACGCCACUUCCGCUCCCUGGGGCGCCACUUAGACAAACAUCACGCCCACCAGCCCGACGUGUGCUCCGCCCUGGUGGAGCGCUACACACAGAUCCCCCGCCUGCACGCGCAAAACACGAACCCCGCCACGGCUCACACACAGCAACCUUCAAAACUGUCACACGCCACAGGACAGAGUCGCAGCUCAGAUGUUGCACAAAGCGGCGUCCAGGACCUCUCCAUGUCUCCGCCCACUCUCAUGGCAGCCAACCAAUCCGCUGCCCCGUCCGGCAGGAACGCUACUCCUCCCAUGCUGACUCCUCCGCGGGGACAAAAUGCAGUGCCGGUGUCUGUCCUAAAGAGGAGCCCGCCCCCUGUGACUGUGACGCAGUCCAGGAAGGCAGCGACGAGGAGGCCUAAGAAAGAAAGGCAGGUGGAGGAAGAGGAGGACGAGGAAGAAGAUGUGGAGGUCGUAGAGGUGACGAGGCCUAAAGAGGAGGAAGAUGUAGAGCUGGUGUGCCCCCAGUCCUUCAGCAGCAAGUUGGCCAAAGACAUAAAGCCACCAAAAGAAGAGGAAGACGAGGUGGAUGAGGAGGAGGAAGAGGAGGAAGAAAAUGGGGUGAUGGAGGUGGAAGAUGAUAGUGGGACAGAAGAAAAGGAAAAGGACUUACUGAGUUCGGGCCGGCACCACAUGUUGCCCCUCCUCUCGUCCCUGUCCUCUCUGGUGCUGUACCUCCGUCGGCUGCAGCACUCUGCCUUCUUGUCCCUGUCUCGGCAGCUGCAGUCAGCUGAGGCCUGGCGGCUCCUCUGCCACUCCAGCCUGGCGCUCCUCAUCCUGUACAACCGGAGACGCGAGUGUGAGGUCUCCAAGCUCUCUAUCGCAGAGUAUCGUGCUCGCAUUACUCCCCAGUGCCCCGUUCCCGUCCCGCCCGGUGCUCCUCCGGCCCUCACACCGCUGGAGGCCUCCCUUUCCCCCUUUGAGCGCCUGGUGCUUCCCCACCUCCCCAGAGUUGGGGUCCAGGGGAAACGUGGGCGCGUCCAGCCCCUCAUCCUCCCCCCUCACUGUGAGCCCUGCCUGGAGCUUCUCCUGCAGACGCGGCAGGAUGUUGGAGUCGACCCCACAAACCCAUACGUCUUCGCCCGACCCUACCACUCUCCCGCCACUCCGCUGCGUGGCACUGACCUCCUCCGCAGCCUGGCCCGCUCCAGCGGAACCCGCAACCCCCGCGCCCUGACCCAGACCAGGGUUCGCCGCCAGGUGGCGAUCCUCACCCAGCUGCUGCUUCUAGGAGAAGGGGAGGAGCCCGGACAGCCGGGGGGCAGCGCUGUGGAGAGACUGGAGCACUUCCUGGAGCGGGAGUACCACGUGACUCAGAACUGCGCCGGAAUCGGCCAAGACCCAGGGCUGAUGGGCAGAGUGGGCCGGGUGGUGCUGUGUGGAGAGAGGGAUGGAGUGCUGUUCAGGGGAAUGAGCCUGAACCACAUCUGUCUGGAACUGGACGUUAUGUCAGGCAACUCUGCAGACUCGUACUCGGAGGCAGAGUCUGAAGGGGACCAUGUGAAGGAGAAGGUCGAGGUGUCCUCCCCUGCUCCUGCUCUGAACCCAACACCUACCCUGCUGUAUGUCAGGAAGGGCAAGAACAACGGGCGGGUGGGGCGACCCAAGAAGCUCAAGAACAUCCAGCCGCCCCCUCCACCUCCUCCACCACCCCCACCUCCGCCCGCAAACCGCAGGAGAGGCUCAGGUCAGCCUAAAUCAGGAAAGCGAGGCGUCCUGAAGCGGCCCUGGUCGGAGGCGGAGCGCGCUGCGGUCGAGGAGCACCUGACCCAGAACAUUAACGAGCUUCGCGUCCCGGCCAAGGCCGACUGUGAGCGCUGCCUGCAGCAGUGCCCUCUGCUGGUCAGCAACCAGCGCGACUGGCGAGCCAUCAAGUUCUACUGCCACAACCGCAUCCAGCUGCUGAAGAAAAAUCAGCGACGAGAAAGUGCACCUCAGCCCCUCACUGUGUGCUGAGAGAGACGGGGGGGGGACGUAGGGCCAGAGCAGAGUCUCAAAUGGUACCCGCUGCCCAUGAAAUGCACUAAUUUUGAGAGGACGGUCCUAAAUUUCUCUCCACUCUCUCUGGAGGUGUGGCUGGAUUUUUGACAUGGCUUUAAUUUGACCCAUGAUGGCAUUUUAUUUUGAGCCAUACAAGAACAGAACAUUUCAACUAACAUUCUUUUGCUGCUCUAUUUUAAGGUCUUAAAAUUGCACCCGUUUGUGGUGCCAGUGUUUGACGGUUGCAGGUCUUGUCAAAAAUAGUGUUCUUUAGACGGGUGCCGUUUGAGACAUGCCUCGAGGGACUUUAGAGGAAUGACACGGGCUGCAGCCUGUGUCACGUUGUACAUGGACAUUUAUUUCCUUCCACAGUGGAUACACUAAACCCAACAUGUAAACAAUGGAGGCAACUUAUCUCUACAGUGUUGUUAUAUGGACGUUGUGAAGUAGCAUUAGUGUUUUAUGCACUUGGAGACGUUAAUAGGACAAAUGACCCGUGCUUGGGUCACAGUUUCCUUCAUAGCAGCUUUAUAAUUAGAGUAGGCCUAACUACUGCUAACCACGAGAGGAAUAGCCUGAUCUUUCCUCAAACAAGCUAGUUCUACUUUUCAUAUGACUGUGCAAUCCUGACUAUAGUUUCCAGAUAUCUGGACCUUAAUUUACAUGUGAGGUACAAAAUAUGAUGAAUGAGUUACACUUCUGCAUUUACUAUGAAGUUGUUUUUUUUUUUGUUGUUUUUUUUUUAAAUUGAAUGACAUAAUUGCGUUAUGGAGAUCAUUUUUGGAGAUUUCGGUUUUAUGUCGGACAAUGGCCACUGAAUGUUGUAAGGUUACUUUUGGAUCCCUUAAGUGUUUGUUAAAUCUCCAGCUGCAAAUCUGUUGUCAAGUCUGUUCUCCAAUUAACAGAAACACUCAACAUCUGCAGUGUGUUCAUGUUUCCUUUUGUUUCUGCCUGUUGCACACUUGCUAUUAAAAGUGGUAAAAAGAAAAGGGUGCUACGGGCCAAUGAGCUGGAUAUCACUUUAUUUGUGCAGAGAUUUGUCUAAGGUUACUUAAACAGUGGCCAUUUGUUACAGGAGAGAUUGUUCUGUGGCGCCACUUUUUGUUGCAUUGUCUGUGUUGUCUUUUCCAAUGGCAAGAGCUCCUCGUGUCUUUUACCCAGCCACACUACACAGUUUGCAGCUCAACCAGAUUUGCGGUUUCCCUCCGGUGUUGCUGGAAAUCUGCAUCUAUCGGCUUAAAAAGAAAACCUCUGUGAAACCUCAAGGCAGAUACUUGAAGUUAUUUAAACCUUUUACAGAGUCUUUAUGUUCUCUCUUGCUCUAGCCUUGCCAGUUACAUUGUACAUAACAAAUCUAUUAUCAUUAUGCUAACUGGUUGUUUGUGCUAGACAAUAUGUAGCUUUCUCCAUUUAUGAGUUGUUGCUAUCUGUACAUAGGCCAGUUUUGUAAAUACUCCUCAGAGAAGCGAAGAAAAAACACAAUGUAUGACACGCCUUAGUUAUUGUGUUCUGUUUUUUCUUUUUUAUAAGUCUUAUAAAAACUUAACGUUC